UUGAAAACAACAUUACAGUUGAAUAUUCAUUGUUUUAGUUGUUAUUAAACGUAAUAUUAUUAUUGAUUGUAUGUAUGAAUCAAUCAAACACUUGAAUGACUGUCAGAUUUAGUCAUAAAAUAAAUAAUAAUAUUUGAACUGUUGUUUGAAAAGCACCGGUAGUUUUGUUUUGUAGGCCAACCCAACCAACCUAUCCAUCCAUUAUCAUCAAAACAACAACAAUGGCAUCGCAUACUGUCCUCAAGGAACAGCUGACCGAAAUGGGUUUCGAUGACCGCAAAAUAACCCGUGAACUGAAAAGGUUAGGCUCGAAGGCUACCAUCGAGUCGGCCAUCGAAGCGCUAGAGUUGGCCCAAAAUCGCGGAUCAGAUGACGAUGAGGCCGCCGGCGGCGUCGGUACCGAUGACGAAGAAAUGGCCAGCGAUAAGACAACGUCGACGUCGGCCAGCGACGGCCAAAACAAUGGCGAGGCCGGAGCAGCGGCGGCAGCGGCUCCCGAAACGGAAGCCGAACGCGAGGCCAAACGUCUGUUAUAUGAAGAAAAGAUCAAACAACGGCGUAUUGAACGGGCAGCCAAAGAAAAAGAGGAGGCACUGAAACGGGAAGUUCAGCGCCGACAGGACGGCAAAGGUAUGGGCAAAAUGAAGGAAGAGUUGGAACAAUUGGCACGGAUUCGGGCGGCAGAAGAGAUGCGUCGGGAAAAGGCGGAAGAAAAACGAGUCAGAGAUGCCGUUCUGCAGCAGAUUGCAGCCGAUCGGGAGGAACAUCGACGCCGGGCGGCCGGCGAGACUAACUCUACGUCGACAGCAGCCGCCGCUGCCACCACCGCAACGGUUACGGCAGCCGCUGCAGUGGUCACGCCUACGGUGCCUAAAGACGGCAAAUGUCGACUGGCCAUACGUAUGCUCGACGGCCAGCAAUUGAUCAACGAAUUUGACGCACGCGAACAACUGUCGGCUGUCCGUGUGUUUGUCUAUACCCGGGCACCGGUCGAGGGCGACAUAUCGUUUGUUAUGCCACCGAACAGGGCGUUCAACGACGACGACAUGGAAAAGCCGUUGAGCGCACUGGGACUAUGUCCGUCGGCCAGAGUUCAUGUUAUCAAACGUUAAGUUGUCAGAGACACUACUGGUGGUGUGUUAGUGACAGUGUAGGUGCGGUUGCUUAUCUCUACUACCUCCCUGUCCCCCCUUUUUAAAUAACUUCAACAUUUUCAACAACAACAACACAAAAAAACAAAUUGAAAAUUUUCUAUUGAAUUAAUUGAUUAUUAUUAUUAUUACUGAUAUAUAUA